AUGUCCUUUGAAAGCUUCACCAUUUCUAACAGACUAUCUAUACCAGAAGAUACUUCUGAGACUGGUAAUAACAGCUGCCGCUUCAAUGAGGAGUUUAAGUACAUCUUGCUGCCUGUAUCAUACACAAUAGUGUUUGUGCUGGGCUUGGCACUUAACUCUGUCGCACUGUGGAUGUUCCUGACUAAGAUGCGCCCAUGGAACACCAGCACAGUCUACAUGUUUCAUUUGGCACUGUCGGACACGCUGUAUGUGCUGUCUCUGCCCACCCUCAUCUACUACUACGCCAACCGCAACAACUGGCCAUUUGGCGUGGCUCUGUGCAAGAUCGUGCGUUUCAUGUUCUACGCCAACCUGUACUGUAGCAUCAUUCUACUCACAUGUAUCAGUGUGCACCGCUACCUGGGGGUCUGCCACCCGAUUCGCUCACUCAGACUGGCCAAGCCUCGCAAUGCGCACAUGGUAUGUGGACUGGUGUGGGCUGCCGUGAUUGUGUGCCUGGUGCCCAACCUUAUUUUCGUCAACACUUCACCAAGAGAUAACGACACGCUUUGUCACGACACGAGCAAACCUGCUGAUUUCGAGCAGUAUGUCACCUACAGCUCAGUUGUGAUGACACUGCUUUUCGGGGUGCCCUUUUUCAUCAUUGUGGUGUGUUAUUGCUUAAUGGCACGGACGCUCUGUCGACCCAGACUGAAUAACACCAGCCAGAAGAGCAAGAACUCCAGGAAAAAGUCCAUCACACUGAUAAUCAUAGUGCUCAUCGUGUUUGCUGUCUGCUUCGUCCCAUUUCACAUCACACGCACUCUCUACUACAAGUAUCGUGUAUUGGACGCCGAAUGCUGGGUCCUUAAUGUGAUCAACUUUUCAUACAAAAUCACGCGACCUCUAGCCAGUGUGAACAGCUGCCUGGACCCAAUCAUUUACUUCAUGGCGGGGGAUCACUACCGCUCCAGACUAUGUCAAGCAUUCAACAAAAAGAAAGAAUCUGACAAUUUGCAUUCACCAACAGGCAAAAAGAAUAACCUUGGACUGGUUUAUAAAAACCCUGUUGAUCAAGGCAGUAGUGGGUCCUAA